CCCAUCACCUCCUCUCACCCUCAUUCCAGCAUGGCCACCACCUCCUCUAACAGCAGCGGUACUACGACCCCUGCUAUGCAGCAGGGCGACGGCGGGUAUGGUCUCGCCGUCAUUGGUUGCGGUACCAUGGGUAUCGCGGUCCUCUCCGGCAUUUUAGACACGCAGCGCUCCCUCUCAUCGUCGGGCGGCAGGCAAGCCGCACUGGACAAUCUCAGCCAAUCGGUGGAGAGCAUUGACAACCCUGAGGAUCUCACACACCUCCCCACACGCUACUACGCAUGUGUCUCCCGCCCCGAAUCGGGCAAACGUCUUCGUCGCGACGUAUUCUCCGAGAACGAGUGGCCGCAAGUCCAGGUUGUGGUCGGAGAGAACGUGAGGGCGGCGAGGGAGGCUGAUGUGGUUAUGCUUGGUUGCAAGCCGAACAUGGUGGAGGAUAUCUUGAAGGAGGAGGGUAUGCAUGAGGCUUUGAGGGGGAAGAUGCUUGUGAGCAUCUGUGCUGGGCUGCGGAUUGAGCAGAUGCAGGGCUGGGUUGGAAAAGAGACGACGGUCAUUAGAGCGAUGCCAAAUACGCCAAGCAAGAUUCGCGAAGGCAUGACCAUCCUCUCCCCGGUCCCCUCCUCUUCCCCUCCCAUCUCCUCGCACAUCCUCCUCUCCCUCUUCUCCUCCAUCGGUCGCUGUCGCUUCCUCCCCGAGAAGCACUUUGAUGCUUGCACGGCUCUUGCGGGCUCUGGUCCUGCAUUCGCCUGCGUCUUCCUCGAGGCGAUGGCAGACGGAGCGGUCAUGAUGGGUUUGCCCCGCAAAGAGGCAGUUGAGCUCGCGGCGCAGACCAUGCAGGGGGCGGCGAGGAUGGUGCUGCAGAGUGGUAGUCACCCGGCGCAGAUCAAGGAUAGUGUGACCACCCCUGGUGGGUGCACCAUUGCGGGCUUGUUGGCGCUCGAGGAUGGGAAGGUCAGGAGUACCGUCGCGAGGACUAUUCAAGCUGCGGCGGAGCAUGCGGCUGGGCUGGGCCAGAAGAAGUAGUUGCACGGGCAGAGGCAAGAUGAGAUAGAUGGGGUAUCCUCGAUAAUGUACAAUGGCUGCGAGCCGCUUCCUGUAUCCGUCUGGCACGAGCGCUUCGUUAGACCUUCCUCGUCCUCUCGUAGACGACCUUCGGCUUCCGGCCGCGAUACAAGGCCACCAAUCUCCUCUCCUCCGUCCAUUCAUCCUUCGUUUUGCCCUCAGUCAACGUCG